UUUAGCAUAAAAGCACUGCUAGUGCACGUGACUUAAGUUUAUGUCUUCCGGUUAUGAAUAUUAUAAAUUUAAAAAAAAUUUAAACAUUUUCCUGUCUUCGUUUCAUCCUUCACAAUAUGUCUUCAGAUAAUACGAUACAUAAAUUAAAACAGGCUGUAGGUAUUUAUCCAGAUUUUCCUAAAAAAGGAAUAAUUUUCAGAGACUUCUUUCCUUUACUUCGAAACCCAGAGCUUUUCGAGGAUUUACUCAAUGUCCUAGAAAAAUAUGUGAAACUGAAUAUUCCUGGUUUAGAGUGUAUUGCUGGUGUGGAAUCUAGAGGAUUUUUAAUUGGCCCUGCUUUAGCUCUAAAACUUAAAGUUCCAUUUGUUCCUAUUAGAAAGCCAGGAAAAUUGCCUGGAAAAGUUAAAAAAGAAUCAUAUUCCUUGGAAUAUGGAACGGAUGCUUUAGAAGUUCAAAUAGAUUCUUUGGAACCUGGCCAAAAAGUUAUUAUUGUGGAUGACCUCAUAGCAACUGGAGGAUCUAUGGCAGCAUCUGUAAAUCUAAUUAGAAGCAUAGGUGGUAUUGUAGAACACUGUCUUGCUGUGAUGGAACUCACUGACUUAAAAGGAAGAGAUAAAAUUCCUGCCCCUGUGUACUCAGUGCUUCAAUAUUAGAAUUUAUAUAUUCCAAAAAUGCCAAAAACAUGUGCUAGUAUGAAUGCUAGUCAUUGUGUAUAUUUUUUUUACUUAAACGAUGGUUUCUUUUGAUGACUAUUCCUGACAUCUUUUUUUAUGAUAAUUAAAAAAUUAAUAUUUUUUUUAUAUGGGACAGUUUUUGGAUCUAAUAUAGUUUUAUAUAUAUAUAUAUAAUUUACAAUUUCAUGCAUUCCUGUAUAAUAUUAUCUUUUUUUUUUUUUUUUUUUCAUUAUUUGAAUUCCAUUUUUCUUUGAACUAUGUUCCUCUUAAUUAUUUUUUUUUUAUUAAAUCGGUUACUUAGAUAAA